AUGGCCUCUACCGGUGUGGAAGGGCCCUUCAGGGACUCGACCAAAGAGAUCAACACCAUUCAGACACAGGCUGCCACCGACACUUCGGCUUCGUCCUUGAAAGAGCAGGUUGCCCAGCAGUACGGGUCCACAGACGAACAUAUCUUUUCGGAUCCUGGCAUCGCCGACCACUGGCGCAAGAUCUAUGAGAAGGCUUCCUACGAGAAUCGCCACCGUUUCGACCCUACCUACACCUGGUCGGCCGAGGAUGAGAGAAAGUUGGUCAGAAAGAUUGACAGGAAAAUCAUGGUGUGGGCUUGGGUCAUGUUCUGCGCUCUCGAUCUCCACCGGCGAAAUAUCAACCGCGCAAUUUCCGACAACAUGCUGCCGGAGCUCGGCAUGACCACGAACGAUUUUAAUUACGGACAAACUAUCUUUCUUUUAUCAUUCCUCGCUGCGGAGUUGCCUAGUGGUCUCGUUAGCAAAAAGCUCGGUGCCGAUGUUUGGAUUCCUUCCAUCAUGGUUGGUUGGUCCAUCACGGCCGGAUGCCAAGCUUUCUUGUCGAAUCGUGCCGGAUUCUACGCGGUGAAGGCUCUGCUUGGUCUUCUUAUGGGCGGGUUCAUUCCCGACAUUGUUCUGUGGCUCACAUACUUCUACAAGUCUAAUGAGCUGCCUCUCAGGCUAGCAUGGUUUUGGACAGCCCUCAGUACUGUCAACAUUGUCGGCUCUUUGGUCGCUGCGGGUGUUCUUCAGAUGCGAGGAGUCGCAGGUUGGGCCGGUUGGAGAUGGCUAUUCCUUAUCGAGGGAAUCGUGACCUUGAUUAUUGGACUCCUCUCUUGGGGCUUGAUGCCACCCGGUCCUACCCAGACCAGAAAUUGGUUCCGUGGUAAGGAUGGAUGGUUCACCGAACACGAAGAGUCUAUUAUGGUAAACCGCUUGCUGCGGGACGACCCAAGCAAAGGUGACAUGCACAAUCGCGAAGCCGUUGGGCCAUCACUUCUGUUCAAGGCGAUCAAGGACUGGGAGCAGUGGCCUUUGUACCUGAUUGGCCUGGUCGCUUACAUCCCGCCAUCCCCACCAAACACGUAUCUGUCGUACAUCCUGCGCAAACUAGGCUUCUCUACGUUCCAGGCCAACCUUCUCGCCAUUCCUUCUCAAUUCCUGUUCGCCAUCAACCUCUUGAUCAUCUCCUGGGUUUCCGGAAAGUUCAAGGAGCGCGCCAUUGUCUCGUCCAUCUCCAACAUUUGGAUUUUCCCCUGGCUUGUCGCACUCGUGGCCUUACCCGCGAAUACCAGCACUUGGAUUAGAUAUGCUUUGUUGACAGGUUUGCUCAGCUACCCUUACUGCCACGCCAUCUUGGUCGGUUGGAACGCCAAGAAUAGCAAUGCUGUGCGAACGAGGGCUGUCAGUGCUGCGCUCUACAACAUGUUUGUGCAGGCGGGCAAUAUCGCGGCUUCAAACAUCUACCGAGAUGACGACCAGCCGCUGUACCGCCGCGGAAACAAGAUCUUGCUCGGGAUCUGCUGCUUCAACAUCGUCCUGUUUUACUUCGUCAAGGCCUUUUACAUCUGGCGUAACAAGGUCCGCGACAGGCGGUGGAACGCCAUGACUAAGGAGCAACAGGAGGACUACUCCCUCAACACCACUGAUGAGGGACAGCAAAGACUCGACUUCCGUUUUGCGCACUAG